UGGUCGUUCGGUGUGCUGAUGUGGGAGUUAAUGACGCGAGCUGCUUCUCCUUACGGAGACGUUUCUAAUGCUAAAGUCCGCCAGUACCUUGAAAGCGGUUUAAGGCUUCCACAGCCAAUGCAUUGUCCAGAUGUUGUAUACGAUCUGAUGCAAUGUUGCUGGCGUUCACUACCAGAUGACCGGCCAGAUUUUGUUUUUCUUGUUCAUCGAAUUAGAGCUUUACUGCAGGAAAACACUCCCGAUCCAUACACGCGACGACUUCGAGCAGGAGCGGAGGCGUUUCUUUUGCCUGUACUUCCUGGAAGACAUUUCACUAACUAUUUCGCCAAUCAACUACACCGAUAA